CUCACUCGAGUCCCUUUGCUCACCCAGUAUCAACACGUAAGAUGUCGUGGACUCAACAGGGCGCCCACUGGCACCGCCCGCUAGACUCCCUUGACAGAUUUUACCAAUUUGUCUCGGCUGCUGGUAAGCCCCUAAACCGAGAGCAUUGGCUUCUUGUAGGUGUUAUCCGACUGGAAUUUCCGAUCGGCGUCGACGGAGGGGAGACGCGACUUCGAAGUGCCUGGAAAGCUCUGCGUUUUCGUCAUCCGGACAUCGCGUUAGAGUUACUCGAAAACGAGAAGCGCUACGAACCUAUAACUAGCACCGAAGCUCUUGAAACAUGGGCCGAUUCUACUUUCUACAUCGAGACCGCUGUCAGUUCUGCCGACGAGCACUUCUCUCUCAAUCUGAAGACCGGAACUGCUAGCGCGACUUGUCACUGGAUCCCUGCUAGCGGCGAGGUUGCCAUAGUAUCGUCGCAUUGGCGCUGGGACGGGCGCGGGCUGAUGAUGAUGAUGCACGAAUUUUUACUUUGUCUAGGAGGGCAGAGUUCUCAGCCAGCACCUCUAUCCGGAACCGAGGCCCGUAAACUGGUUCCGACGCUAGACUUGUUAGUGGGUACGCCGGUGGAAGGUACGGAUAAAGAGUGGCCUGGCCUGGUAGACAAAUUACUCGCCCCUCUCAACGAAGGAUCCCCGUCGAUCGGUCUACCGAUAAUCCCAGAUGCGCUACCAGGCAACACCCGGCGGAUCGAAGCGAUAAUCCCUCGCAAAGGCACAGCAGCACUCCUAACAGCAUGCCGCGAUCGGCACAUUCGCCUAACGGCCGCGUUACAUGCGUCGGUCGUUUCGGAGACGGCGAGAUACCAGCAAUCGACCAGUAGCGCUACAGCACGGUACAAGUCGUGGGCCGUCUUCGACUUGAGGAAAUAUUGCCCGACGCCCUUCGACGGUCCGCUGCACGCGCCAUCGCUGCGGACGAUAGCACUUCCGCUCAGCGUCGACGCUAAAGCUGACUGGGACACACUAGCAGCAUCGAUCCAUUCCAUCUAUCAGCAGUCAUUCGCACCAGGACGGAAUAGUUUAAUGUACUUACGGGUACCGUACCUGGAGAAAGCGACGGAGAUAUUAGCGACCGCAGCACCUACGACGGAACCGAAUCUUAGCAACCUCGGGGUGAUGGACGACUAUGUGCGGAAGAAUUACGGCGACGUCACAGUUCGCGAUGCUUGGCUUGCCGUGCAGAUGCUUUCCCGUCAGCUGUACGUGCAUACAUGGAGUUGGGACGGGGAAUUGCAUCUCAGCAUCAGCUACAACGAGGCGUUCUACCAAGCAGACUUUGUCGAAAAGUGGUUGGAGAGGUUGAAGAAUACCUUGUUGACGAAAUUGCCAGGCGAAGAUGUCGUAUCGAGCGAAGGGAGUAUUUCCGUUACUUGA